UCUAACGCCUGUUAGAAAUAUCUUACUUAAUUCUCUUGGAGAACAAAUCCCAGAUUCCUUUCAUCCUGGUCCUCAGGCCUUGGGCUAAGAGGAAAGACAUUUAACGCUUACUACAUGUCAGAAACUGCUGGAUCAUCCCACAUAACAUUGUCUUACUUAAUCCUCAUAUAAUUUCCUUGUGAAAUACUUUGUAUUAUCCCCAUUCUUAAUUCCUCAAAUGCCCAAGUUUUUUCCCCCACCUUCUCAAUUCUAUAUAUCCUAGUCCCACCUGGAAUGGUAUUAUUUCUCCUCUUUGCCUCAUAAUCCCUCCUUGUACUUUAGAGCUCAUCUCAGAUGUUAACAACUCCAAGGAAGCCUUCCUAACCCCCUAGGUCUGAUUCCCCAUUGCACAAUGUAAUCACACACUAUCUCAAUAAGCACAAGAAAUUAUGGAUUAAUCAUGUAAUAUCGGUUGUACAUGCAAAAGCGUAAGCUCCUCGAGGACAGGAACUGUAUCUGUGUCAUUUUCCUGUGUUAUUUGUAGUGCCAGGCAUAGUUCCUUACCCAUAGACACUCAGUACAUAAAAUGUCUGAAUAUGGCAAAUAAAUGCUGUCUAUUAGAAGUUGAAUGCUGUUCUAUUAUAACUCUGAAACUUUCUUUAAGUAACACCAGACUCAGAACCUAACAGGAAGUAUUUCUAAAUGAAAUUGCCCAAGACACUCUUCCUCAACUCUAUUUCAGUUCUAAAUUGGCUAACAAUAAAAGUUAUUCAUUAAUCUUAAGUACUGGCUAGGGUGUGGUUCUGAGAAAAGGAACCGAAAGUUUUCAAAAAGUCUCCCCAGUUUGUGUAGGUGAGCUCUUCAGAGAAGUCCCAUGUUUCUGACAGCUAGUUUUGAAAAAAAGUGGUAGGACACGCUCCAGGACUACAUGUCCCAUUAGGAGACUUUAGAAAGAACAGAGGUCGAUGCUUCUAGUUUACCAGCAGUUCUGACUUCCUGCUGAGCUGAAACCUGCUUGUUUUGUGGAAAAGCAAAAACUCAGCAGCGAACAUCUAAAAUGAAGAGGCCCCGAACUUUUGAGGAGCAAACAGAAUGCAUCUUGAACACUUUACUCACAGACUUUUUAGGCACCCCAAUGCAGGUUGCUAACCGGGACCUAUGUUGUGGAGACGAACCAGAUUCAGGAGAUCCUUGCUCUUUUGACGUGGCCAUCAUUGCUGGUCGCCUUCGGAUGUUGGGUGACCAGUUCAAUGGAGAAUUGGAAGCUUCUGCCAAAAAUGUCAUUGAAGAAACCAGUCGUGGACGGGCAGGAGCUGCACUUCAGGACACAGUCAAAAGUCUUAGUCAGGCUUGGUGUGCUCAGGAUUCCAGCUUAGCUUAUGAGAGAGCCUUUCUGGCAGUGUCAGUGAAGCUUCUUCAAUACGUGGCCCACAUCGCUCCCGAAAUGGCAAGACAGGUCGUUGUCUCCAUGACAAGCAUGAUCAAUGGGAACAGUGCCAUCCAAGAGUUUGUCCAGGGCCAGGGAGGUUGGGAGAACCUGGAGAGCUGACUACGAAGCGGUGGCGCUGUUUCCUAGCUUCAACAUCACUGCCACUUUGAUGGAGGGAUUGAUUGCUGGCCAUUAAAACAGACAACCAGGGGUACCUGGGUGACUCAGUUGUAAAACGUCUGCCUUUGGCUCAGGUCAUGAUCCCAGGACCCUGGGAUCAAGCCCUGCAUCGGGC